AUGAGGUCUUCGACUGUCGAGGUUGCGGCCUUCAACCAGAGCCUGUUCAGUCGACAAAGUGCUCCUUGCGACUUGACGGACUUCGAAGCCAAUGUCGACUUCUACGGCUUUGGAAUUCGACUCGGUGUCUAUCUGCAGUGGUUUUCAAGCUGGAUAUCGAAUACCCUGGACCCCGAAAAGUGCGCUGACAACCACGAGGAGAACUCGAUUUUCGUGCUUUCGAUCUUAGUGGCUCUCGCGGUGGCUUUUCGUACCAAUGACUUGAAGGUAUCAGAAGUCUACAUCCUGCUGUUGCUGUGCACAGGCUACUUUUGUAUCUGCUUGAGUACUUGGGGAAUCCGUCUACACCUGUUAAGGCCUGGAGCAGUACAAGUCUCACCUCUAUUCUGGCAUGGCAAUCAGCUGCAGAACCGGCGGGUCCGUCCAUCCACCUUCUCUCGGCUUCCUGGAGGCACUUUUUUAAACGGCAUGGCCAACCAAUUUCUUUCGCCUCGACAUAUGCCGCUCAGCCAAGGUGGCAGCGUGAAGCCCUCAGGGCUCUCUUGGGCGGGCGGACUAUGGAGAUCGAUUAUUGCCAGUUUCGUGGUCGCACUCAAUCUGUACCUAUGGUUCUCCUAUGACCCAGACGCGAACACAGGUUGCGAACCAUACGUCUACUUCUUUGGAAGGCAAAAACUGACUGCAGGUCUUCAGAUCUUCUUCAUCGCCGUAUGUAUAACGGCAGGGACGUUUCUUUUCCAGCUAAUCUUGGCCAUGACGACUGUGCUGUAUUACUUAACCUUGAAGCUAAUCAUUGGACCUGUUCUCGAUACGCUCAGGCUAAGUGGGCUCAAGGAGUCCCUGCUUGACUUAAUUGCGGUGCGGCUGCAGGUUGCCAACCAUGAGGGAGUUAUCCCAUCGGACCAAGUUACGUUGCAGCAAAUCAAAUCUGCUCUUUUCGCCCUGUCAUCGCAGAAAGAUUCGCCGGCUUCUGCGAGACCGCAUGUACAUUCACACCACCAGGCGCACCAGCAGGGCUAUCGGCUGUCGAUGAGUCUUGUAAUAUGCUGGCAUAUCUGGCUACUUAGCCUUAUGGCAUUAUUCAUCACCUUCAUCGAGCAGACAAUUCAGAUCAACAACAUCCAAGGAGCAUUUAUUAUACGGUCGACCUCGCAGCUAAUUCCCUUUAUUAUCGGGUUGAUAUCAAUGCUCAACACGGUCCGACAGCUCCUGCUGCAGUGGUAUGAGGAGGAUCACCCGAAUGAGGAGAAUAUGCAUUUUGUGCUUACUGGAAGGUUGUCGCACAUGUCUAUCCUUGGAAUGUUGAUUGAAGGAGGCAUUUGGGUUGCUGCAAGGCUUCGAGGGGAUGCCGUUGCUGCAGAUGCAGACGAUGUUGCAGCUGGUGCGGGUGAAUUGCGCGAGGCGAGGCAAGCAAACCCCUCUAUCAGUGCUGAUGCGCAAACUCAUGAAUCGUCUAACACCUGUUCCAAGUAA